UUGGUCGACUAUUUUAAAAGGGGUGAUUACUAUCCUCUCCCAUAGGCGUCGCUCUGAGGUUUUUUCCCAGGCACCAGGCAGCAUGUGAAUGAGCGCCACCAGCAAAACCGCACGCCAACCCAUUGCCGCUGCUUCUAAAUGGGCUUGUACAGGAGACAGAUGAGACCCAAGCUAGUCACAAACAGAAGCAGUGGUUCCGGGGAUUUUUCUUCUUUUUUUUUUCUUUUUUUUUUUACAGUGUUUACUUUUACAUCAGACACUGUUUCUUUCUAUUUCUGAGAUUGUCACAAAUUGUUCUUGUUCACCGAAUUCUACACAAGUUGUACAUUACCAUCUGUACAGUCCACCCUCAUCUUGAUAUGGGCAGAACCAUACGAUAACAUCCGAAACUGGGAUGUAUGCAAAAAAAAAGUAGCCUAUGUACAAGUCACAUUUGCAUAAAGACGUCUACUGUCAUGGAGGAAAUUUAGGAGCUUUAUUAUUGGAACACGUAUAGUCAUUGUAGUUAAUAGGUUCUCCCGUCUUGCACGCUCAUUCUUAAUUGUCCUGAAUACCGGCGCCUUCUGCUCACGUUCCUUUUGCGGUCGUCCUCGAUCCCGUUUAUGUUUGGAGGGGAAAUGAUGGGUUACACUGCACAGCCGUGAGCUCCCGACUGCCUUGUAAAACAAGCAUGAACUCGAGGGGCUUCAGACGCUGCCUGACUUCAGUUCUUGAUCCUCAGACAUGUUCUCUUUCUCAACCGAAAUGUCGGCACUCGGCAGGCAUUGGGUAAUUACCGAGGGGUGUGUUUUGCCCGAUUACACGAACCCUCUGGCGACAAACACAAGCAUGCCUCAAAGUAGGAAAAAAUGCUCUUGCUGGUGUGCAAUUGACAUAAUUGACUUCACGAGCACCAGAAUGUUCUCCUUUUACACAACGCCGAGGUAAACAUGUGCAUCACGGUCAACCUCUCGGCCCGUUUGACAUGUGGCCCUCGCUUCCUCCAGAGAGACGCUGCUGUUCUCCUCCUCCUGAACUGCAAGUUUUCUCGGGGGGGAGGGGGGUUGGGGGGGAUCCUGAAUUCCCUCUCCGUCCGCUGCGCAAAUAAAUAGCAGGACGGCUCCCUCGGCUCCGGCAGUUGCACUCUCCUCCUCUUGCGCUCAGCGUCCAUCCGACACCAUGUGGACCCAGGCCGGCGCUCUUCCGCUGCUGCUCGCCUGCUGCCUCGGGCCGGCCGCGGCCCAGAGCGACGGCAGCCGGACGCAGAGCAUCUGGGAGGAUCCCGUCAAAUUCAAGACCAAGGCCAAUGACUUGUGCACCAUGAUCAUCACGGGCCACGGGGAGUACACCAGGCUCAGGCUGUCGUGCCAGAGCACCAAGCGCUCCUACUGGUGCGAGUACUUGGGGAAGCCGCACACCUGCCGCGCUUACAACAAGAACCCUCGACACUACUUUGUGCAGAUGAUGUGGGGCCUCCGAAAGCUCCACAACGCCUGCCAGGCGCCGCGGCAGAUCCAACCUGGAAUGUGCAAGAGGGCAACCGACGACUCUCAGAUGGUCUUUUCGUCCGCCUCCCAGUCUUGGUCUUGGCCGGAGGGUCCUUCCAGGCCGGGGCCAAGACCCGCGAGACCCGAGCCCCGGCCCGUACCCACCGGGCCCGACCCGACGAGGCAAGCACCCGCGACGUCCAUUCGGGUCCCACCGAGGGCGACGACCACGCAGGGGACCACUCCGCGGCCACCGACGCCUGCCGCGGAGAGCAGUGCCAAGCGGAUUGCUCGGCAGUACUGCUGGAGGUCACUUCAAGGCAUCUGCUCCUACGUCAUCAAGUGGUUUCGAAAUUGAGCGCGAGAGGUGGUCGAGCUUUUUUAAUAACGCGCGGCAUUUACUAUGUUUCAUGACUUGUCCGAGGAAUGCUGUGGUGGAAUGAGGGUGCAUGAAUCAAGUUUGCCUCCAGCGGUCCUUUGCGAAGUUCCCCCCAAAAAAUCUUUUUGUUACAUCCGUAGAUUUUGAAAUCUGAUGAGGACAUCUUCUGAUGACUGAUAACGACGGCCCUUGGGGGGGGGGGGGACUGCGGUCGAAGAACCCGGAGCGCUUUCUUCAGGGGCGAGGGAUGGUACUGCUGUGACUCUCAAACAUGCAUGCAUCAUCAUCAUCAUCAUCAGCAUGAUCAUCAUCAUCCACUGAGAGUCAGCCUCCUCUGAAAUGCUCGGUCAAACAAUCUGUCUGCAAUCACAGCUCGAGGAACACCGCUACCUGACUUGACUGUGUAAGAAGGAACAAAUUGAAAGAAAUAACUUGCAUGCAUAUGAAACGGUGCAAUGACUUGUGAGAACGUUUCUGCAAAUGCAACCUAAACACACAAUCCAAAUGUUGCCACUUAUUUGUCCUCAUGUUUGUUUACUUGUGUAUAAUCUACUUAAUACAUUAUCUUGAAUAUUACAGUGGUUUUGAUGUUGGUCUACGACAACAAGGAUUUCUGCUCUGGUAUAUUUGACAGAUUUAUAAAUGUGAAAAUGUUUUGAUGAAAUAAAACGUUAUUCUCAAUA